AUGUCCGAAAGCGUCACAGAAAUUGUUUACUUGCAUAUGAAGCCCGGUCUGGAUCUUUCAUCAGGCGAGGCGAAAGAAGCAUGGCAAUCAACCUUGAAUACCAUUGCCAAGCAGCCUGGUUGUAAGGCAUUAUACUGGGGUCGACAGACUGAGAAGCCGGAUACAGUUCAGAUGCUCGUAGACUGGGAAUCUAUCGAUGACCACAAAACUUUCGAGCGCACCCCGGGAUACCAACCCUUCUUGUCAAACAUUAUGGAGAAUCUUGUAGCCAGCGGUCCAGAGAUGUUCCACGUCAAGUUCCCCGCUGAAUACUCUACAUCCGAUAACCCAUUUACUAUGCCCGUCACUGAGUGCAUAAACGCCUACUUUCCCCCCGCCUACCACCAGGACCAAUACAGUUCCCAGUUCUCCGAAUUUCGCGCUCAGGCCGCUGAGAUGCCGCAGUCGGGAGCUAAAGGCGUUUUUGGUGGAUGGAGUGUUGAGCCGCAUCAGCAUGAGAAUCUGGGUGAGGGUGUCGAUGGAAAACUGUUUGCAGGAUUUAUCGGGUGGCCGGACGUAGAGGCACAUAUGGCAUUUCGUAAGACUGAGGAUUUCGCGAGGAUCAUCCCAUUGUUGAGGGAAGGGCAUAAGGGAAUGAAAGUUUGGCAUGUCGCGUUUCAACAAUAUAAUUAG